AGAGAUCGCACAUGCAUGAGCUAAAUUGUGCGACACCCCUCCCCUACAACCACCAUGCGCACACACGCACACACACACACACAUACAUACAUGGUGCUAGUGGGGGGCUACACAUAUGCGCAUAUAUUCACACUCACACAAAUGCUGGUUGUCGCGACACAUACACGGUUCAGGUAGGACUGUUUGGGGACGGCUGAGGAGAGAACGUGGUUUCCGUAGUAACCCCCAGCUGCCCUCCUCCACCCCUCUCCCUCUUUCUUUCUCUCCUUCAGUCGUUCACUUGUGCCUGGUGAAGAUGGUGUCACCAUCCAUCUCUCUUUCUCUCUCCCACCUUCUUUCUCUGUAUCUUCUUCUCUCUGGAUAUGGUUCCUUGAGCAGCCAAUGACAAAGGCUGGAGGAGAGCAAACGGAGUAGAUGAUUUUUUUUUUCUUUUUCUUUUCUGGACGGAAUCCCUCUCUUCCACUCUUUCUGGUGGAAUCUUUUGGAAUCUUUUAAGGAAUUGGAAUUCUUGUUGCAUAUUCUGGACAUUUGUCUGAGUGUGUUUGUGUGAGUGUGUGUGUGUGUGUGUGUGUGUGUGUGUGUGUGCGUGUGUGUGUGUGUGUGGUUGCUGUGGGGACGUGGCUGAUGCUUGAUAAUGGCUCAUGCGGCGUCUCAGAUUAAGAAGAAUAAAGAUGUGGAUGUUAACGCACUGGAGGAUGAAAAGGAAAGGAAAAAGAAGAGCAGGAAGCACUCAAAGGAACAAAAGAAAAAGUCGGACAGCAAUGCCAGUUACCUGCGGGCAGCGAGGGCAGGGAACAUUGAGAAGGUCCUCGACUACCUGAAGACUGGUGUCGACAUCAACAUCUGUAAUCAGAAUGGGUUGAAUGCAUUACACCUGGCAUCCAAAGAGGGGCAUGUGGACGUGGUGGCCGAGCUGCUCAAACUGGGCGCCAACGUAGAUGCAGCAACCAAGAAAGGAAACACGGCGCUGCACAUCGCCUCACUGGCGGGACAGACGGAAGUGGUGAGAGAGCUAGUGACCAAUGGGGCCAAUGUCAAUGCACAGAGCCAGAAUGGCUUCACCCCACUGUACAUGGCUGCACAGGAAAACCAUCUGGAUGUGGUGCGCUUCCUCCUGGAGAACAGCUCCAGCCAGAGCAUUGCCACAGAGGAUGGCUUUACGCCGUUAGCCGUAGCCCUGCAGCAGGGUCAUGAUCAGGUGGUUUCUCUGUUGUUAGAGAAUGACACGAAAGGUAAAGUCCGUCUGCCUGCACUCCACAUCGCAGCCCGCAAGGACGACACCAAAUCUGCAGCUCUGCUUCUUCAGAAUGACCACAACGCGGAUGUCGAGUCCAAGAGCGGUUUCACUCCUCUCCACAUUGCUGCCCACUAUGGAAACAUCAACGUAGCAACACUACUGUUAAAUAGAGGAGCAGCAGUGGACUUCAUGGCAAGGAAUGACAUCACUCCACUGCAUGUGGCGGCUAAGAGAGGGAAUGGAAACAUGGUAAAGUUGCUGCUGGACCGAGGAGCGAAAAUUGAUGCCAAGACCAAGGACGGUUUAACCCCUCUGCAUUGUGGCGCACGCAGUGGACAUGAGCAGGUUGUUGAAAUGCUUCUGGACAGGGGAGCUCCCAUCUUGUCCAAAACGAAAAACGGUCUGUCUCCGCUGCACAUGGCGGCCCAAGGGGAUCACCUGAACUGUGUCCAGCUGCUCCUUCAGCACAAUGCUCCCGUGGAUGAUGUCACCAACGAUUACCUGACGGCACUGCACGUGGCCGCUCACUGCGGACAUUACAAAGUGGCCAAAGUCAUCGUGGAUAAGAAGGCCAACCCUAACGCUAAAGCCCUGAACGGUUUCACACCUCUUCAUAUCGCCUGUAAGAAGAACCGAAUGAAGGUGAUGGAACUGCUGCUGAAACACGGGGCAUCACUGCAGGCAGUCACUGAGUCGGGGUUGACACCCAUCCAUGUUGCUGCAUUUAUGGGUCAUGAGAACAUUGUGAAACAGCUCACGCAUCAUGGAGCCUCACCCAACACCACCAACGUGAGAGGUGAAACAGCAUUGCACAUGGCAGCAAGAGCCGGCCAGGUUGAUGUUGUCAGAUACCUGCUACAGAACGGUGCUAAAGUGGACAUCAAAGCCAAGGAUGACCAAACAGCCCUGCAUAUAGCUAGCCGCCUGGGAAAAUUGGAGAUUGUGCAGCAGUUGCUGCAGAAGGGGGCGUUACCCAAUGCUGCCACCACCUCCGGCUACACCCCUCUCCACCUCGCCGCCCGUGAGGGUCAUCAGGAGAUAGCAGCUCUCCUGCUGGAGCAGGGAACAUCCCUCUCUGCAGCAACUAAGAAAGGAUUCACUCCCCUGCAUGUGGCUGCAAAGUAUGGGCAGUUGGAAGUAGCCAAUCUUCUGCUGCAGAAGAAAGCUGCGCCGGAUGCAGCAGGAAAGACUGGGUUAACACCGCUGCAUGUGGCUGCUCACUAUGAUAAUCAGAGAGUGGCUCUGUUACUGCUGGACCAGGGAGCAUCUCCUCAUUCUGCUGCGAAGAAUGGCUACACACCUCUUCAUAUUGCAGCUAAGAAGAAUCAGUUGGAGAUUGGGACAACGUUGCUGGAAUAUGGGGCGGAGUGUAACACAGUGACCCGUCAGGGCAUCAGCCCCCUCCACCUCGCUGCACAGGAGGGCAGUGUGGACCUCGUGUCCCUGCUGCUCACCAAACAGGCUAAUGUUAAUAUGGGCAAUAAGAACGGUCUCACGCCGCUGCACCUGGCUGCACAGGAUGACAGGGCAGGCGUUGCUGAAGUGCUUUUGAACCAUGGAGCAGAAAUUGAUGCCCAAACCAAGAGUGGUUACACUCCGUUGCAUGUGGCUUGCCACUAUGGCAACAUGAAGAUGGCCAACUUCCUGUUAGAGAAUCAGGCCAAGCCUAAUGCCAAAACAAAGAAUGGUUAUACACCUCUACACCAAGCAGCGCAACAAGGCCACACCCACAUUAUUAAUAUGCUGCUUCAGUAUGGAGCUUCGCCCAAUGAGCUCUCAGUGAAUGGGAACACAGCUCUCUCCAUCGCUCGACGAUUGGGGUACAUCUCUGUAGUGGACACGCUGAGAGGAGUUACAGAUGAAAACCUCACUGCCACGCCUGUAACUGAGAAACACAAGAUCAAUGUCCCGGAGACCAUGAAUGAGUUCCUCGACAUGUCUGAUGAUGAAGCUGUGAAAGAUCAUGAAGCACAGGCUGAUGGGGAAGAAGGUGAAGAUGCAAUGACCGGCGAGACUGAGAAGUAUCUUCGGCCACAGGACCUGAGGGAGUUGGGGGAUGACUCUCUGCCGCAGGAGGGGUACAUGGGUUUCAGUAUUGGAGCCCGCUCUGCCAGUCUGCGCUCCUUCAGCUCAGAGAGGUCCAACACUCUGAACAGAAGCUCCUUCGCUCGGGACAGCAUGAUGAUUGAAGAGAUGCUGGCGCCCACCAAAGACACGCAUCUUGCAGUGACUCGUGAAUACAACAGUGAGUGUAUGCGGCGGUACAGUUGGACCCCUGAUACAGUGGACCACUCACAUAACACGGUCUGCAGUCCUGUGCAUUCUGGGUUCCUAGUGAGUUUCAUGGUGGACGCUCGGGGUGGGUCAAUGAGAGGAAGUCGUCAUGAUGGGAUGCGUAUAAUCGUUCCACCCAGGAAGUGUCCAGCACCGACGCGAAUCACCUGCCGCCUAGCAAAGAGACACCGCCUGGCGUACCCACCUCCUAUGGUGGAGGGAGGUCUUGUGAGCAGGCUGGUGGAAAUGGGGCCAGCCGGGGCACAGUUUCUGGGGCCUGUGAUAGUUGAAAUUCCUCAUUUCGGCUCCAUGCGGGGAAAGGAGAGGGAGCUGAUCGUCCUACGCAGUGAUAAUGGAGAAAACUGGAAAGAACAUCAUUAUGACUGUAAAGUGACAGAGCUCACCUCGAUCCUCAAUGGCAUGGAUGAAGAGAUGGACAGUCCAGCAGAGCUGGAGAAAAAACGUAUCUGCCGUAUCAUCACAAAAGAUUUCCCACAGUACUUUGCUGUGGUGUCACGCAUCAAACAAGAAAGUGAUUACAUGGGACCAGAGGGCGGAGUCCUGAGCAGCGAGGCAGUUCCCAUGGUGAAGGCUGCCUUUCCUCAGGGAGCGCUUACAAAGAAGAUUCGUGUUGGACUACAGGCACAGCCUGUGCCAGAAGACAUUGUGCGGAUAAUCGCUGGUAACCGUGCAUCCUUCAGCCCGAUUGUAACCGUGGAGCCCAGAAGAAGGAAAUUCCACAAGCCCAUCACAAUGACUAUCCCUGUGCCGCCCAGAGCCAAAGAGGCUGUUGCUAAUGGACGCAAAGGAGAACCUGCCCCCUGCCUUAGACUGCUGUGUAGCAUUACAGGUGGAACAUCCCCUGCACAGUGGGAAGACAUCACUGGGACCACUCCACUCUCCUUUGUCACAGACUGUGUUUCCUUCACCACAAAUGUGUCUGCCAGAUUUUGGUUGGCAGACUGUCAGCAGAUCAGCGAGACUGUGGGUUUAGCAUCUCAGCUGUACAGAGAGCUGAUCUGCGUUCCGUACCUGGCCAAGUUUGUGGUGUUUGCUAAAAUGAUCGACCCCAUAGAGACCCGCUUGCGUUGCUUCUGCAUGACUGACGACAAAGUCGACAAAACUCUGGAGCAGCAGGAGAACUUUGAGGAGGUGGCAAGGAGCAAAGACAUUGAGAUUCUGGAGGGUAAGCCCAUUCAUGUAGAAUGCUACGGCAACAUCACUUCUCUGGCAAAGAGUGGUCAGCAACUCGUCUUCAACUUCUAUGCCUUCAAAGAGAACCGACUCCCAUUCAAUGUCAAGGUCAGAGAUAUGGGCCAAGAGCCAUGUGGGAGAAUCUCAUUCCUCAGAGAACCUAAAAUCGCAAAAGGCCUGCCACAGAGUGCAAUCUGCAACCUUAACUUUUCACUGCCAACACACAGGAAGAAUGACAAAGAUCGACGACAUACCUUUGCUUCAUUAGCAUUGCGAAAGCGCUACAGCUAUCUGGCCGAUCCAGCAUCCAGUCCACAGAGUCCCUGUGAGAGAACAGACCUUCGCAUGGCCAUCGUUGCUGAUCACCUGGGACUGAGCUGGACAGAGCUGGCUCGAGAGAUGAAUUUUUCUGUGGAUGAGAUAAACCACAUCCGCACAGAGAACCCAAACUCUCUCACAGCCCAGAGCUUCAUGCUUCUUAAGAAGUGGGUCAGUCGGGAUGGGAAAAACGCCACAACGGAUGCACUGACGGCUGUCCUGACUAAAGUGAACCGGAUGGAUAUUGUGACUCUGCUGGAAGGGCCCAUAUUUGACUAUGGUAACAUUUCAGGCACCAGAAGUUUUGCAGAUGAUAGCGCUGUGUGCCAGGAAAAGGCGGAUGGUUUCCACAACAUCCUGGCUCAACUGCAGUCAACUACCAACCCCACCCCCACCACACCCCCUAUCUGCCCCUCUGUGUCUGAUGACAAUGAACCCAUCUUAGAUUUGCCCUUUGACCCUCCCCCAUAUUGCCCCUCCUGGGGACUAGAGCGGUACAAUGAGGACGAGUCUGUCAGAAUCACCCCAGCCAGACCCUGCGACCUGCCCCUGUCCAAACCUGCAAACCAGCAUCACACACUCUCUGAAACAACUGCCGAAAUACACACACACAUACUCUCCCCUGAUUCUCAGCUCCCUCCCGACAACCCCAAACUCACAACACAACUCUCAGCUGUCACAUGUGACCCUGACUCACACCUUACCCCUGAGCUUUCUACCCUAGACCAUGAUGAACCUCCUCUAAACCCCUCGGUUUGCUCUGUACCACUCCAGUCUGUCCCAAAAACAGACCCACCCACGAUCAGGAUCGAACAGGACCACCUUAUACUGGGGAACCAGGGGUCUCAACAAAAGGAACAGAGAGAAGAAAAUGAGGAGAAAAAGUCUUUUCACUCCCAACAAAAAACGUCUCCUCCGCUGGAACAGACAGACCUAGCACACAAGGAAAAAGAAGAGCGUCCUUCAUCAUCAUUACUACCAUCACCAUUAAAAGAGCCAAACGUUAACAUAAGGGGACAGGAGAGAGUGAUUCUGAAAGAGGUCAAAGAUCAUGAUGAGUCCCCUUUGCGACCCUGGGCAGAGGUCCUGAGGGAGUCUGGCUCAGGAGGAGAGGAGGAGGAGGAGGAGGAGGAGGAAGCCGAGCAAAGGCAGGAGCAACCGGAGGCGUCAGUAGGCCACGUUGGAGAGAGGGAAGUGAAUGAGGAGAUGACUAAUGAGAAAGUGAGAGAGGUAGUGAGAGGUGUUGAACAAAUUGAGUCUGAGUUGUGCUCGCUCUCCGCAGGCUGGCUCACUGAGACAUCGAACACAGAGCUGCCCGCUUCAGGGCGGAGUCACGGGUCAGACUACAUGGACCGACAGGACAACAGUCAGGAGAACUCCAGUGACUCCAUGACAUCAUCAUCCAGAGUGGAUUCAGGAAAACCUCGACAAAAUGGCGAGCACGCCGAUACUAUGCCCCGCAGCUCAGCGUCUCAGGAAUCAGCCAAUGGUGUGAAGGCAGGGGCAGGCAAACAAGAAGGAGCUCUGAUUGCUGAGCACAAAGUCCAGCAGCGGUUAUCAUCAGAGACCGGCCUGGACGAAGAGCGUACCGUCACCACCAAAGUGUUUCGUAGACGUCUCAUUCUCAAGGGAGAGGAGGCACGCAACAUUCCUAGCGAGUCAGUUUCAGAGGAACAGUUUAUUGAUGAAGAUGGAAACAUCAUCACCAGAAAAGUCAUUCGAAGGGUGAUUUGCCGUGUGGACACUCCCACUCCUGAAAACCAGGGCUUGGGGAGUGGCAUGGGGUCACAGGAAGACCCUGCCACCCUGGGGAAGAGCCACGUUCCCCUGGUCCCUGAUAUCCAAAUCCAUCUCGCUACACAUGCUGAGGGAGAAGUUUCCAAGGUGAGGAAAAAGGAAGAAAAGCGUUCAGAAAGAAAACAUUAUUCAUAAAUGUGGCUUUACGACUAUAGACAGGUUUGCAGGUAUAUUUUCGAUCUGUUUCCUGAGCGGCGGGGCCACAAGAGCUGAAAAGAGACAUUUUGGCCAGAGAAAACAUCUACAGCUUCCACUCUGAAACGCAUGGUCUACAAAGAGACAGAACUUUGACCUAUCCGCUUGCGCAUGAGCAUGCAUCACACUGCUGACUCACUUCCUGUUCCAAGGGGGUCUUGAAUUGAAUUCUACUUCCUGAGAUGGGUCCCGGUGAAUUCUACUUCCUCUCUGUGUUGGGUCCUAUGUAAUUCUACUUACUCUUUCUGGGGGACCUACGAGAUUACACUUCAUUCUUCUUGAUGGUUAAUACCUGCGCUGACCUGGACCAUCAGGAAUUCAGAAACUGUUUUGUGUGCCAUGAAUAAAUGCGAGGGGUAUAUUCAAAAGACCCCUUAAACUCCAAACCAUAUACUCACACAAAUUUCCCUGUGACCAAAGAUGGCACAAAAGCUCUUUUUCGUGUUUUAGGGGGAAAAAAAAAACAAUAGAUGCUGUUGAACCACACCUUACAUUCGCCUUACACGUUACCGUGGACCCAUGACGUCAGGAGGAGGAUCCCUGUGUUUUACUUUUUUUAUUUAUAAAACUAAAAUAAAUUAUGUGGUGGACUUUUCUGUACAUAAAUCACAAUAUGUAAAAAAAAAUUCAAUAAAAUUUAGUAGUUAGGAUUGGCGAGAGCACCGCAAACAUACACUUUACAAGUGCUUUCGACAUUUUAAAGACAGUGAAACUUCACAUGCUCUUGUAUAAUUAAUUACUAUAGCAGGUAUGUUUGUAUAUGAGAAAAGUUGGUUCGGUUUUCAGGGGACGUUUCCUUAAAAUCCUCUGCGAAUUUCAACGAUUCCCAAAAUGGGAAUUUAUCGAAGUCAUACAGAGGACUAAUAUUUUGAUGCAUGCAGUUCACCUUAUUUUAAGAACAUUUUUUCUAAGUUUGCAAAAUACUGUAUUCAAAGAGACAAAUAAGAAAAGACUUUUUCUUGUGUACACAUACGACUCUAACAUGUCUCAACUUUUAUAUUCCAAAAUGUCACCCUACAAGCAUCCAUCGUGUAGAAACGGUUAAGUGUGACAAGCUCUAACCAGACUGCUUCCUUAGGAGUUCAGUGUAGUGUCUGUUAUCUCAUAUGGAAGACAUUGUCUGCUGAUGUUAGCCUGAGCGCUGCAAGUAAGAGGUGUUCAGAAUGUAUAUGCUAGUAAAUCAGCAUCUCUGUUCAACUAUCACUGUAUCAUGUGUAUUGGCUGUACAAUGUAGAGGUCUCUCUUUGUCUUAAGGCUGUUUGUAUUCAUUAUAGGAAUGUCUUCAUUUUUUCUUUCUUUUUGAUCGCUGAGGUUUUAAAAUAAAAUUUUGGCAUUUUGUUUCAGGUUAAGUGAACAUUUAACAUUUUCCAUAUGGAGUCCCACUUACUCGUAUGGGAUGUCUUUAGACCUUUAUUACUUGUAGAUUUAAUAGCUUAUGUAUUACAAAUGACACACACUGGAUGGUCAUUAUAAUUUUAAGUAUUAUAAGAAAUCGUUUCCAGUUUCGGAAUUGUGUGAUAUAUUUUAGACCAGCGAGUCAAUGUGUUGCAGUGUUCUGCAUCAGUUUUGAUAAUAUAGAAUUUUUCUUUAGCGAUUACUUUCUGUUUGUUUGUUUGUUUCGUUUUCCUCCAAUAGAGUCUUUUUAGCUUGUGGUGUGUAUGGUGUGAAAAAUCCUUUAGUGUGCUGAAUUUUGCUAUGGCAAUGAGAUCUGAAAGACCUAGGAAACUAGGUCGUGAUGGGGUGUGGUUCUGCUUCCCUGUUACAUGUCAAUCAAACUGUGGGAGGGGCCUGACACGGUCCAAUCGGUUGAUUUUGUUUAAUAUAAUAUGUUUUCACCUGAGCAACAUUUUUGAUGUACAAUUCUUACAAUGAGUGAAGCCAUUUAAAUGUAACUAUAAUAGCACUUUGGUUAUUGGAGGUCUCCUCUUUUAGAAACUAGCAGCUAUGAUGCCACCAUAAUGUUUCAAAUGUCUUACAAAAAUCUGAUUUAAAAAUAAAAUAAAUGCAUUGAUUUUGCAAACCUA